AUGGCGGCCGCGGGUCCCAGCGUCUUCCUACUCAUGGUCAACGGGCAGGUGGAGAGCGCCCAGUUUCCUGAGUAUGAUGAUCUCUACUGCAAAUACUGCUUUGUGUAUGGCCAGGACUGGGCCCCCACGGCGGGUCUGGAGGAGGGCAUCUCACAGAUCACAUCCAAGAGCCGAGACGUGCGGCAGGCGCUGGUGUGGAACUUCCCCAUCGACGUCACCUUUAAAAGCACCAACCCCUACGGCUGGCCACAGAUCGUGCUCAGUGUGUAUGGACCAGACGUGUUUGGGAACGAUGUGGUUCGAGGCUAUGGGGCAGUGCACUUGCCUUUCUCGCCCGGCAGGCACAAAAGGACCAUCCCCAUGUUUGUCCCAGAAUCCACGUCUAAACUGCAAAAGUUUACGAGCUGGUUCAUGGGACGGCGGCCCGAGUACACAGACCCCAAGGUGGUGGCUCAGGGUGAAGGCCGGGAAGUGACCCGCGUCCGCUCUCAGGGCUUUGUCACUCUCCUCUUCAACGUGGUGACCAAGGACAUGAGGAAGCUGGGCUACGACACUGGGCCUUCUGACACGCAGGGCGUCUCCGGGCCCAGCCCACCGCCAGGACGCCCCCUGUGA